AUGAACUAGGCACCCGCGACGUGCUUGGCUCUGCUACCGGCGGCCGCUUUCCUAGACAGCGGUGCAGCCAAGGGCGGCCGCGGAGGGCUCCGCGGGGGCUUGAUAGGGGCCUCGAGGGUGCGUGUAAGGCCGGCGCCGCGCUAUGGUGCCGCGGGCUCCUCGCCGCGCGUGGCUGCGGCCGGAACGGCCGUGAGGGCGGCAGCGGGCCUGGCAGCAAGUUCAGGCUGAAGAAGGGCCGCGGGACCCGGGGAAGCGACCUUGGAGGACGAUAAGGACUGGGUUCCUGGAGGCAAAAGGACCGGCCUCGGCAACUACACCUACCGGGCGUGGACUUUGGGCGCUGGACCCACGCGCGGCCCCCACUUCUGUCUCGUACUGGGCGGCGCCCUCAGCACCCUGGGGCUGCUACGGCCCUAG